GUGAUGCUAUCCACAACCACAGUGCACUGUUCCUUGAGAACAGCUCUUUGAACAUACCUUUUUCUCAGGAGAGUCCUGGAUCUCGAAAUGGAUCUGAUCAACCACAAGGAGAAACAAGAAAGUUGAGCUUGGCCAGCACACACAGUGAAAACUCAGGGUCAACAGAAAGUUUGUCAUCAGCAUACCUCACCAACAUUACUGCAAAGUGGUGGGGAACAAAACGAAUAGAUUAUGCCUUGUAUUGUCCAGAUGUGCUGACAGCCUUUCCAACGGUGGCCCUGCCGCAUCUCUUCCAUGCCAGCUACUGGGAAUCAACAGAUGUUGUGGCCUUCAUUUUAAGACAGGUGAUGAGAUACGAAAAUGUAAAUUUCAAGGAAAAUGACAACCUGGAUCCAGCAACACUAAGUCCAUCCAAUCCACGAGAAAAAUGGCUACGCAAAAGGACACAUGUCAAAUUGAGAAAUGUGACUGCUAAUCACCGAGCUAAUGACGUCAUUGCAGCAGAAGAUGGUCCUCAGGUACUAGUUGGGCGCUUUAUGUACGGACCUCUGGACAUGGUCGCUUUAACAGGUGAAAAGGUUGAUAUCUUCAUAAUGACUGAGCCAUCUUCGGGUAGGUGGGUGUACUUUGACACCGAGAUAUCCAACAGCAGUGGCCGGGUAUCCUACAGCAUACCCAAACAGAAGAGACUGAGAGUUGGUGUGUAUCCCAUCAAAAUGGUGGUCAGAGGGGACCAGAGCAGUGCUGCAAGUUACCUGACUGUGCUUCCCCGAGGAAUGGAAUGUGUUGUGUUCAGCAUUGAUGGUUCAUUUGCAGCAAGUGUUUCAAUUAUGGGAAGUGACCCCAAAGUCCGAGCUGGGGCUGUUGAUGUUGUCAGACAUUGGCAGGACCUGGGAUAUCUGAUUAUCUAUAUUACUGGCCGUCCAGAUAUGCAAAAACAGCGUGUGGUUUCCUGGUUGUCUCAACACAACUUCCCACAAGGGAUGAUCUUCUUCUCAGAUGGACUUGUUCAUGACCCACUGCGACAAAAGACCAUUUUUCUCCGGAAUCUUAUGCAAGAGUGCCACAUCAAAAUCUGUGCCGCAUACGGUUCCAUGAAGGAUAUUUCUGUGUACAAUGUCUUGGCUCUGUCGCCAUCCCAGAUCUACAUAGUUGGACGAUCAACAAAGAAAUACCAGGCACAGUGUCAAUUCCUCAGUGAAGGUUAUGCAGCCCACUUGGCCUCGCUGGAGUUCAGUCUCCAAUCACGACCCAAAAAGAACAACUCUCGGAUGAUCUUGAGAAAAGGCAGCUUUGGCCUCCACUCCCAGCCUGAGUUUUUGCGCAAGAGAAACCAUCUUCGCAGGACUAUGUCUGUCCAGCAACCUGACCCACCUUCUUUGAACCCCAAGCCAGAGCGUGCCCAGAGCCAGCCCGAAUCGGACAAAGAUCAUGACAGGCAUUUGCCCUCCAUUGCUUGGGUUCAAGGUGGAGGUCACAAAUUUGAAUCUGUCCCCUAGGAAGCUUGA